CCUCCCUGGGCCCUGCCUGAGCAGGCCUGCCCGGCAAGCUGGGACAUGUCUGGCCCCCGAGGACGGCCAGGGGGCGAUGGCUGCAGUGGAGGAGGGGCUGGAACCCCAGUUGGCUGCUGCAGAAGAUGCUGCAGAAGAUGCUACCGAUACUGUGGAUGCGGGGCCUGCGGCACCUCCUCUCCUGGCUGGGAACCGGCUGAGCCUGGACCUGUACCCUGGGGGCUGCCAGCGGCUGCUGCACCUGUGUGCCCAGGAGCCCCCUCAGCUGCUGGAGGUGGAGUUCCUGCAACUGAGCACCCACGAGGACCCUCAGCUGCUGGAGGCCACCCUGGCCCGGGUGGCGUGGAGCCUGCCACACCUCCGCUCCCUGGUCCUCAAAGGUGGGCAACGCCGGAAUGCGCUGGGUGCCUGCCUCCGGGGCUCCCUGACCACGCUGCCCGCCAGCCUGAGUGGCCUGGCACGCUUGGUCCACCUGGAUCUGAGCUUCAACAGCCUGGAAACACUGCCGGCCUGCGUCCCUCGGAUGUGCAGCCUGGGUGCCCUGCUUCUGUCUCACAACCAGCUCUCAGAGCUGCCUGAGGCCCUGGGGGCCCUUCCCUCCCUCACCUUCCUCGCUGUGACCCACAACCGCCUGCGAGCGCUACCCACGGCCCUGGGGGCCCUGUCCACCCUGCAGCGCCUCGAUCUCUCGGAGAACCUUCUGGACACUCUGCCCCCUGAGAUCGGAGGCCUGAGCAGCCUCGCCGAGCUCAGUCUGGCCUCCAACCGGCUGCAGAGCCUCCCAGCUUCCCUUGCGGGGCUGCGUUCCUUGCGCCUCCUUGUUCUGCAUAGCAACCUCCUGGCCUCCGUGCCCGUCGGCCUGGCCCGCCUCCCACUGCUCACCCGGCUGGACCUGAGGGACAACCAGCUCCGGGACGUGCCCCCCGAGCUGCUGGACGCCCCCUUUGUGCGCCUGCAGGGGAACCCCCUGGGCAAGGCCCUGCCAGACUCCCACAGUCCCCCAGGGACACCCAUGGUCCCGGAAAUGCCCAGACUGUUCCUGACCUCAGAUUUGGACAGCUUCCCCGUGACCCCCCAAGGCUGCUCUGUGACCCUGGCCUGCGGUGUCCGCCUGCAGUUCCCUGCCGGUGCCACUGCUACCUCUGUCACCAUCCGCUAUCGACUGUGGCUGCCGGAGCCGCGCCUCGUCCCCCUCGGUCCCCAUGACUCCUUGCUCAGUGGUGUCUUGGAACUGCAGCCCCAUGGGGUGGCCUUCCAGCAGGAGGUGAGCCUGUGGCUGCUUUUCGUGCCCCCACGGUCCCGGCGUUGCCGUGAGGUGGUGGUGAGGACCCUGAGUGACGACAGCUGGAGUGACCUGGAGACCCGCCUGGAAGAGGAGGCACCGAAGAGGCUCUGGGCUCACUGCCAGGUACCCCACUUCUCGUGGUUCCUUGUGGUUUCACGCCCUGUGUCCAACGCCUGCCUGGUGCCACCUGAGGGGACAUUGCUGUUCUCCUCGGGACAUCCUGGGGUCAAGAUCACAUUUCCCCCUGGAGCCACUGAGGAGCCUCGUCACGUCCGCAUGCAGGUGGUGCGCAUGGCGGGCAGGGAGCUGCAGGCCCUGUUGCAGGAACCAGGGGCAUCCGUGAGCCCCCUGCUGUGCCUGUCCCAGAGUGACCCCUCCAGCUUCCUUCGGCCAGUCACGGUGCAGCUGCCUCUGCCCCCUGGCAUCACAGGCCUGAGCCUGGACCGCUCCCGCCUGCACCUGCUGUACCGGGCCCCUCCUGUGGCCACCUGGGAUGACAUCACGGCCCAAGUGGCACUCGAGCUCACCCACCUGUAUGCUCGCUUCCAGGUCACGCACUUCUCCUGGUACUGGCUGUGGUACACCACCAAGACCUGUGUGGGGCGCCUGGCAAGCAAGGCCUGGCAGCGGCUACGGCUCCACCGUGUCAACCUCAUCGCCCUGCAGAGACGCCGGGACCCCGAGCAGGUCCUGCUGCAGUGCCUGCCCCGCAGCAAGGUGGAUGCGACCCUGAGGCGCCUGCUGGAGCGGUACCGUGGCCCUGAGCCCUCUGACACAGUGGAGAUGUUCGAGGGUGAGAGAUUCUUUGCCGCCUUCGAGAGAGGCAUCGACGUGGAUGCUGACCGCCCCGACUGCGUGGAGGGCAGAGUGUGCUUCGUGUUCUACUCACACCUGAAGAACGUGAAGGAGGUGUAUGUGACCAGCAGUCUGGACCGCCAGGCUCAGGCCGUGAGGGGCCAGGUGUCCUUCUAUCGGGGAGCAGUGCCUGACGAGGUGCCUGAGGAGGCGCAGGCUGCCCGGCAGAGGAAGGGCGCGGACGCCCUGUGGAUGGCCACUCUGCCCAUCAAGCUGCCGAGACUGCCCCGCUCUGAGGGGACAGGCCACAGGGCUAGCCUCUCUCUGGCACCCCUGAACCUGGGUGAUGCUGAGACUGGCUUCCUGACCCAGAGCAACCUGCUGAGUGUCGCCGGGCGCCUGGGCCCUGACUGGCCCACUGUGGCCCUUCACCUGGGUGUGUCCUACCAGCAACUGCAGCGCAUCCGGCAUGAGUUCCGGGAUGACCUGGACGGGCAGAUCCGACAUAUGCUGUUCUCUUGGGCUGAGCGCCAGGCUGGGCAGCCAGGGGCUGUGGGGCUCCUUGUGCAGGCCCUGGAGCAGAGCGACCGGCAGGAUGUGGCCGAAGAGGUGCGGGCCGUCCUGGAGCUCGGCCGCCACAAGUACCAGGAUGGCAUCCGACGCACAAGCCUGGCCCCCAGGGGCCUUGCCCUGCCUGACCCUUCGGAAUCAAAAUCCCCAGAGCCUGCCCAGGCCUAGACCCUGCCAAGCCUGGGCUGGCCCCUGGUGUGCUGUGGCCGGGGCACAGAGGCCCCCACUUUCAAGCCUCCCCUGUGUAGGGGACAGUGAUCUUUGUGUAACAAACAUGCACUGUUCUGGUUGCUGUCUCAGA